GGCAUUCCCACAAUUAGAGCUGUAGGCUGACACUGCAGUGGGAGGUUGGAGGUUAGACACCAACAAAGACUACCCACAAUCCACAAGCGCCAGGGCCCAGCCUCUGAGUUCCUGCUGUGUUAUGGCACAUGCUCCAAGCCUGCUCCCUCCAGUCCUGAGGAGGAGGGGCUGGGUCCCUGGAAGAGGGAGCGAGGACCAGUCGCUGAGGUCUCCACCAUGGCCCCAGGAUCUUCUUCAUCAUCAUCUCCUCCAUCUCCAGCCCUGCCCCUCCUUCUCCUCCUGUGGGCUGGGGCCCCCCCAUCCACUGGGCAGCCUUGCCCAGGCCGCUGCAUCUGCCAAAAUGUAUCCCCAACUCUGACCAUGCUGUGUGCCAAGACUGGCCUGCUUUUCGUCCCACCGGCCAUCGACCGCCGGGUAGUUGAGUUACGCCUGACCGACAACUUCAUCGCCGCCGUGCGCCGCAGGGACUUCGCCAACAUGACCAGCCUGGUCCACCUCACCCUGUCCCGCAACACCAUCGGCCAAGUGGCCCCUGGCGCCUUUGCCGACCUGCGGACCCUGCGCGCCCUCCACCUGGACAGCAAUCGCCUCGGGGAGGUGCGGGGCGACCACCUGCGCGGCCUGGUGAACCUGAGACAUCUCAUCCUGGGCAACAACCAGAUCCGCUGGGUGGAGCCGGCCGCCUUCGAUGCCUUUCUGGGAACCGUGGAAGACCUGGACCUGUCUUACAACAACUUGGAGUCUCUGCCCUGGGAGGCCGUGGGCCAGAUGGUCAACCUCAACACCCUCACCCUGGACCACAACCUCAUCGACCACAUCGCCGAGGGCACCUUCGUGCAGCUGCACAAGCUGGUCCGGCUGGACAUGACCUCCAACCGGCUGCACAAGCUGCCCCCCGACGGGCUCUUCCUGCGCGCCCAGGCCUCGGGCCCCAAGCCGCCAUCCACGCUGACCGUCAGCUUUGGGGGGAACCCUCUGCACUGCAACUGUGAGCUCCUCUGGCUGAGGAGGCUGACCCGGGAGGAUGACCUGGAGACUUGCGCCACGCCCGAGCACCUGACUGACCGCUACUUCUGGUCCAUCCCGGAGGAGGAGUUUCUGUGUGAGCCGCCCCUCAUCACGCGCCAGGCGGCCGGCCGCGCCCUCGUGGUGGAAGGCCAGGCCGUGAGCCUGCGCUGCAAGGCGGUGGGCGACCCCGAGCCUGUGGUGCACUGGGUAGCCCCCGAUGGGCGGCUGCUGGGCAACUCUAGCCGUACUCGAGUUCGGGGGGACGGGACCCUCGAAGUGACCAUCACCACCCUCCGAGACAGCGGCAUCUUCACUUGCAUAGCCUCCAAUGCGGCCGGGGAGGCCACGGCCCCCGUGGAGGUGUGCGUGGUGCCUCUGCCGCUCAUGGCGCCGCCCCCUGCUGCGCCGCCCCCCCUCAGUGAGCCCGGGUCCUCGGACAUUGCCACGCCGGGGCGGCCGGGGGCCAAUGAGACUGGCUCUGUGGGGGCCGAGCGGAGACUGGUGGCCGCGGAGCUGACCUCCAGCUCGGUGGUCAUUCGCUGGCCCGCCCAGAGGCCUGUCCCUGGCAUCCGCAUGUAUCAGGUGCAGUACAACAGCUCCGCCGAUGACUCGCUGGUCUACAGGAUGAUCCCGUCGAGCAGCAAGACGUUCCUGGUGAACGACCUGGCGGCGGGGCGGGCGUACGACCUGUGCGUGCUGGCCGUGUACGACGACGGAGUGACCGCGCUGACCGCCACGCGCGUCGUGGGCUGCGUGCAGUUCACCACGGCCGGGGAGGUCACUCCGUGCCGUCCGCUGCACGCUCACUUCCUGGGGGGCACCAUGAUCAUCGUCAUCGGCGGCGUCAUCGUGGCCUCGGUGCUCGUCUUCAUCGUCAUCCUCAUGAUCCGCUACAAGGUCUAUGCGGGCGGCGACGCCGGCUCUGGCCACAAGGGGGCGCCGCCGCGCGUCAGCCACGUGUGCUCGCAGACCAAUGGUGGCGCCGCGGGCUCCGGCUCGGCCCCGCCCCCGCCCACCGCUCUGGACCAAUACGAGGCUCUGCACGAGCUGGCGCCCGCGCCGUCUGGGCCAGACAAGGAGAAAGUCAAGGUCGAGGCCGAGGGGGCGGUGGCGGCGCAGCCCCCGGCGGGGGAGGCGGAGCGGCUCCCGGCCCGGCCGCUGGGCGGUGGCGGCUCCUCCACGUCGCUCUGCCUGCUGCCCUCGGGGACCGAGGCAGGGACGACCGGGCCGGAGGAGGAUGGGCGGCCGCAGCUGGGACCCGCGGGCCCGCGGCGAAGCCGCUCGGGGGCUCCCCUGGGGACCUCGGCGCCGGCCUCAGCCCCCGCGCUUCCCCCGGGCCGGACCCCCCGGCAGCGCUACUCUUUCGACGGGGACUAUGGCGCACUCUUCCAGAGCCACAGCUACCCGCGCCGGGCCAAGCGGACAAAGCGCCACCGCUCCACGCCCCACCUGCUGGACGAGGACGGGGGCUUGGGUGGCCUGAGCCCCGCGCGGGCCCGCCUCGCCUUCACCAGCACCGAGUGGAUGCUGGAGAGCACCGUGUGAGCGGGAGCCCUGGGACCUCGGCCCGGCCUGGGGCGCCUCCUACUCCCCGGCCGCGGGGAGUGCGUGCCCUCCUCUCCACCCGAGGCACGGACUUCCGGGGGGGACACUUCCGCCAUCUGGACGCCUGGGACCCGAGGGGAGAAGGGGGAUCGGCUGGGGGGAGAGGGGAGGGGAGGGAGCCAAAGGGAAGCCCCGCUCCUUCUCGGCCCGGCCCCGCCCACGCGCGGGGGAGGGGCUGAGUUGGAGGGGGAGGGGAGUAGCAUGGACGCGUCGGGUCUCCUCUCUUCCCCUUUCUACCCCACCCCGGGUUCUUCACGCGCGCUCCGGGACCUCGCGGGAGCCGGUGCCUUACACAGCGGAGCGCGGGGCGGACACUUAGCAGCACUGAGACACGACACUCCCCACCGGGGACUGGUGGAUGCAGCCCCGGGAGGCCCUCCGGGGAGGAGGCGCCCACCGGGGCAGGGGAAGGGGGGGUUGCUGGGAGGGGGAGGGGGGCCUAUUUAUUGUAUCUGGCUGGACUAGAUCUUGUUCUGUCGCGUGUUUCCCCGAAUCAUGACCCCGUAAUCAUCCCCCCUCUCCCACUGCCACUCUUUCUCGCUCUGCUCCCAAGGACCCUCACUCAUCCCCUCCCUGACUCCAAGGAUCACAGUGUUAGAGCUGGAAGGGGCUUAGACACCCUAGUCUGCUCCCUGCUCCAUUGUACAUGCGGGGAAACUCGCCCAGAGAGGGAACGGGAUUUGCCUGAGGACACACAGCCAGUUAGUGGCACAGCCGGGCUAGAAUCGGGGUCUCCCGAUCGCCAGUCUGUGGCUCUGAUCGAUGCACCACACUGCCUCCUCUCCCCCCCAUCUUUCCCAUCUCUCCCUAUCACUUCCAUCACCCUCAUCUGACCCCUGCCCCCAAUCAUACCCAUCUCUUUGACCUCCCCAACCUGGCUCUCCCUCCUCAUCUUCAUUCUGGGCUGGUCCUGGCCUCGGACUCAGGGUUUCCCUUUGUAGGCCUGGAACUAGGACCUACCCCAAACCAAACCAAAUCCUCUUCCAUCAACACCCCUCCCCCCAGCCGGGGGCUUCCAGUCGCAGCAGAAUUAAACUUUUCUGUGUCUGA